GCUCACUGUUGUCCCGUGACUACCGUCGGCCAAGUUUCCCGUUUCAUUACCGCCCUACUGGAAGAUCGUAAAAUUGCCGCGGCCACGCAUAACAUUUUGGCCUGGCGAAUUGUCGAUCAUAAACGGAACCAGGCUAAUCCGGUUGUCCAUGCGGAUUGUGACGAUGAUGGUGAAACCCAUGCGGGUUCCCGAUUGCUUCAUCUGUUAACUAUAUCCGGUGCGGAAAAUGUGGCCGUUAUGGUGUCUCGUUGGUAUGGUGGAAUUCAGCUGGGCCCGGAUCGUUUCAAGCAUAUUAACAAUGUGGCACGUCAAUUGCUAACCGAACAAGGUUUUCUCGGCUCUCCGGCACAAACUUCCGAGUCCAAGGGACAUAAACAGAAGAAAAAGAAGGCACGCUGA